AUGCAGAAGCUCAGUGGUCUUAUUUUUUUGGCUAUUCCAAUAACUUACUGUUUGGCUGCUUACUGUGGUACCGGUGGUGUACCGUUUAGCUUCGAAAUUUUUUAUGCUAAUUUAUUGGUAGGAGCACCACUUUUGGGAUGUGCUCAACCAAGCUGUGUCGCUGGACCGGGAAAUUUGGGUGAUGCUAGCGAUUUUCCAGUUAAUGUUGAGGGUCAAAUUGAUGGAUUUCUUCGAGAAGGUGACAAAGAUUUGAAACGUUAUAGAGAUCCAUCAGCUAAUUGUUCUGGUAAAUUUAAUGAAUUUUCUUGUCCCAGAAAAAACCAGUGGGUUGGAGGUAUUGAAUACAUCGAUCAUCAUAGACAACCUUUUUUUUUUGGGUUGUUGUUACAAUGUUGCUCAUUUGAUGGUUUAAAAUAUUCACAAGAAGUUGGUGUUACUAAUGUACAAAAAGGAGAAUCAGUUAUUGGUGGUGAAGUUGUACGAAAUGGCCGACAAAUCAGUUUUGAUGUGAUUGCUAAUGUUCGAAAAGUUUACGAUUUGGCCACCAAAGAAAUAUCCUAUGAGGUGACUGUACGACGGAUGAACUGUUUACCAGACCCACCAGAACCCCGUGUACCAGGUAUUCUGUUGCGGAUUUAG